AUGGACGAUGCAGAAAAACAAAGCCUUGUCGACGCCCAAACACCAAAGAAUGACGGACACGAAUACACAAUCAGCACAAGGACAAAGAUGAUCUGUCUGGGCCUAUACUUCUUGAUGAAUCUGGGCUUGACAUUGUACAACAAAGCCGUGCUCGGCAAGUUCAACUUUCCUUGGUUGUUGACGACGUUCCACACUACUUCUGCGGCUUUGGGAUGUUGGGGGAUCAUGAUUGUGGCUCCGGACCAGUUGAAAUUGAGUCAUGUGGGACGGAGAGAGCAGAUGGUGUUGGUGGCUUUCUCGGUCUUGUUUACGGUCAACAUUGCUAUUAGCAAUGUCUCGCUUGCUAUGGUCUCUGUGCCUUUCCACCAGAUUGUCAGGUCUACGACUCCUGUGGCUACGAUCUUGAUCUACCGCUGGCUUGGACGCAGUUAUGGUACUAUGACUUACGUAUCCCUGGUUCCGAUCGUCGCAGGAGUCGGCCUUAGCACAUAUGGAGACUACUACGCUACUCUACUGGGUGCUUCACUCACUUUCCUGGGUGUCUUCUUGGCUGCUCUUAAGACAGUUGCGACCAACAAACUCCUCACCGGUAGCCUUAAACUUCCUGCCUUGGAGCUUCUCCUGCGCAUGUCACCUCUAGCUGCCGUCCAAAGUCUCCUCUGGGCACUAGCAACAGGCGAAGUCUCAGCCUUCCUCGACUUUACCGCAAGAGGAAACAUGAACACUGGACUCAUCCUCGCAUUACUCGGGAACGGGUUUUUGGCUUUCAUGCUCAAUGUCACCAGUUUCCAAACCAACAAGCUGGCUGGUGCAUUGACACUGUCGGUCUGUGGCAACGUCAAGCAGAUCUUGACUGUCAUUUUGGGCAUUGUGCUGUUCGAUGUUGUUGUCAGACCGAUGAAUGCUGUGGGUAUGGUUAUUGCCCUGGGAGGAGCAGCGUGGUAUAGCAAGGUCGAACUGGAUGUCAAGAGAGCUAGUGCAAGAUCUUAG